CUAAAAUUUUAUGACACCGGGUGUGGCCAUUUGCAAAGAAAAGUACAAAGAAUGUCAAGUAAGUAUUCUGCUGUGGUCCGGUGGUGAACUAUGGAUACCAAGGUCGAGUUGCUCGAUGUGUCUCACUAUGAGCACCUGCUCAACGAGGUAGAGGCCACUGAGGGACAGCUAGGAGCCAUACUCAGGACCCUGUAUGAGGGAGAGGAGCAGGAGGAGUUUCUGGGAUGCCUGUCCUCACGAAUCAAGAAUCACGAGAGAGACAUUGAGAGAAUGUGCAACAAGAACUACCAGGGCUUCAUAGAAUCAGUCAGUGAACUGCACAAGGUCAAGUCAGACGCCCUAAAGCUGAAGAGGAAGAUAAUAGAAGCCAACUCAGUGAUUCAAGACUCUGGGGAGAAACUUGUUCAGAGUGCCAUAGACCUGCACAGGUCGAGACAGAUUCAUGUGAAUCUCGUGGCUACCAUGGACACACUCAACAGAUGUACCCCAGUGUUGCAGGAGUACUGCAAGCUGAAUGACCAGAUGGAGCACAAGGAGUACUACUCCGCCCUCAAGACGUUGGAGCUGCUUGAGCACACCUACCUGCCUCGUGUGAGGGGCUAUAUCUUCUCUGAGCUACUCUCCACGGAGAUACCAAAGAUACGAGAAUCUAUUCAGGGCCAGUCCAGAGCAGAGCUGACAGACUUUCUUGCUAAUGUUCGAGAGAAGUCUGUGGUCGUUGGAGAAGUUGCUAUGCACCAGACCCAAAGACACAGCAACCUUGAGCUAGCCCAGGACGUACUCCAGUUCCUGGACCCCUCCAGUGAGCCUGACCCAGAGGUAUGUGCUCAGGACCUCAUCGACUUUUCACCCAUCUAUCGCUGUCUACACAUACACUCUGUGUUGGGUAAGAGAGAUUUAUUCACGGACGACUAUCGCAACCAGCGGAAGAGACAAGUCAGAUUGGCCAUCAAGCCCCACGGCAACUGGAAAGGAGGCAUUAAUGACUACAAGAAGUUCUUCUAUGGGAUUGUAGGUUUCUUUGUGGUUGAAGACACGGUUUUGCACACGUCUCAGUCGCUGGUCUCUCAGGUGUCCAACUCUGCUAACGAGGGGAUGGAGGAGGGACUCUCCACCAGGAAGAACGUCCACGACUUUUGGCAGAUGGCCAUGGCAGAAGUGCUCGCAGUGCUUAGGAAUAACUGUGGCUCGUGUGAAAAUUACCAUAUACUGCUCAAGAUCAAGCAGUUGGUGGUCUGGUUCUGUCACACACUGAGGGGUUAUGGAUUUGAGGUGGACAAGCUGUAUGAGGUGCUCCUGGAAAUCCGAGAGCAGUACGAUGAGCUUCUGAUGAGGGCUUGGGGAGAUUCAUUCACUGAGUUAUUUGACAGCGAUGACUACACCCCCAUCAUGGUCAGCACAGACGAACAGUUCAAAGGUGUUCUGGAAAUCUUCCCGUACAAAGACACUGAUUUAGAAGCUUCCCCCUUCCCCAAAUCCUUCCCCUUCUCCUCUAUGGUCUACCAGGUAUUCAGCCAACUCAAAAAUUUUGUCACCAACUGCACAAGCUUUGCCAAUAGACUCAACUUGAGUCAAACAGAAAUUGAUGAGAUUGUUAGGAAGAGUGUGAAUCUACUGCUUGGGAGGACCAUGACCAGUUGUCUGUUUCGUCUGAUCAACACUGACUCCCUCCUUAUAUCACAGCUGGUUCAGAUCUGGAUCAAUGUCUCCCACAUUGAAAACUCUAUAAAGCAGCUGGAGAGCUUUAUCGCCAAGACUACGAAGACGGAGCACGAGGGUGUGACUGCUGCCAGGCUUUAUGGCGUGGCCACAUUUAAGGAAGGCUUGCAGUUAACCGAGCAACGCAUAUCGGCAAAGCUCAUGUCCAAGAUGUCUGAAAUACUAGAAGGAGCAUCAACAUUUGACUGGAUGACCAAAGAUGAGAUGUCUAAGCCCAGUGAGUAUCUAGAAGACUGUCUGCAGUUUCUUCAAGCUACAUUUAGGACUCUACGGAUUCUACCCGAGAAGCCAUAUGUUGCCAUCUGUCUGGAUGCUCUUAGAGCCCUGCACAAGUUCAUGGAGAACAUCCUUCUCUCUGAGGAGAAUCCUAAGAUUAGUGCAGCCGCUAUACAGAACUUUGCUGUUGACAUCAAACGUUGUGAUAGUUUUGUGAACUCAACAUUGGCUGCCAAUCAGUCCAUACCACAAGACGAAGCUAAAAAGAUCUUCUUAAGAACACAAUUGCUUGUAGCCGUAUUUGUUUCCAACGAAUGGACACUCUACAUCAACGAGUAUCAACUGCAACAAUCAACAGACAGGAAGUAUGCAGCUGUCCCUCCUCAGAUGGUCUACACCGUGCUCUUCAAACUUCGCCAGGCUACUAAAAAGAAAAAAAAAUUUUUGAAAAGAAGCAAAAAAGACGAUAAGAAAUUGGCUCUGAAGGAGAUAAAGGCUUUAUUCCAAUCAGAUCAAACUGAUGGUACAAAGGGUCCAGACAGUGGUUCAGAAUCAGAUGACCGUGAAUCGCUAAGGGGUUCACCCAAACCAUCAUCCAAAUUGAAUCAGAAAAACUGAGUAACUUUGUAGUCAAGUUCUCACUAGUUUAAAAGCUGUGCUUAACUUUUUAUACCAUUUAUAUUUUGGAACUUUUGUAGAGGUUUUUUGUACAAAUGAACUAUUACAUGUAUGUGCUGUAUAAUUAUAGUUUUGUACAAUAGACAAUAAUUAUGAUAAUGUGACUUUAAUGAUUAAAGACAAUUGAAAAUUUGA